AUACUUACCUUAAAGAAGCCUACGGUUCCUCAUCAGCGCUUGUCAAUUACGUCCUUCUCGUUCCGCCUUGCCGUAUCCACCGCUGAGAUACUUCGAGAUCAUUCAGACGACCAAAGACUUGGAAUCACACGUUGGGACCAUGCCCAUCGAUCGUGAGGUCCCAGGCAUCGACGCCUGGGUCGAAGUCAACGGCCAGAGAGCAGAGGCUUACAACGACGACGACGUGUCCUCCCGGGAAGUGAACGACAUGCCGGCUAGAUACCAGGUCUUCAAGUACAUCGAAUCCAUCGAUAAUGCAUCCUUCACCGUUCAGGCCCAUCUGAGUAGAGAGGUCACCCAGCAUGCUCCACCGCCGUGCGACACUGUCAUCGGGGAGCUCUUCGUAGACGGAAAACAUGUUGCUUCCAAGUGCUCCUCAGUUCGGCCAGGCCGGGCACCUAUUGACAGGCUCCAGUUUGACGGCAAGAAAGUCGAGUCGCGCUCUCGUCCUGGAUAUGUCCAUCUUCUCAAGCUGGUCUUCUCUGCCGUGUCGACAGUGGACGACACGGAUACGGCGCGCAUUGCGAGUGACCUUGAGGCAGCGAAGCAUUUGGGACUCAUACAGCUUCGCUUCUUCACUGGUGUCGACAUAGGCCAUACGAUGGCGCAGAGGCCUGAUUCAACGAUUCCUACCAGUACGUCGGAGCUGGCUGAGAAAUCCCUAAAGGGCAAAGCCAUCUCCCAUGGCACGUCAUUCUCUCACGGGGCGGAUUUGCCGGCGAGCCGCCAUGUCAUGGUCGACUAUGUGCUCGGCCGUCAACCCUUUGCUGUGAUCAACUUCAAAUAUCGAUCUCGAAGGGCUCUUCAGCAGGAGUUGAUCCUUCCCCGCACUCCAUCACCCGAUCCAGAACUGCAAGUUCUCGAGGGCAUGUCGACCGAGCAGGUCAGGCGGUUAGCAGCUGAACAUCUCCACUCAUUACAUGAGCCGACCCAAGUCAAAGAAGAGAACCAAGCUGUGGCGAAGACCGAGAAAAAGCCCUCCGUCAAGCGUGAGAGGGAUGAAGUCGACCUGACCAUGCCGCCAUCCCAGCGCGAGUGGAAAUAUACCAGAACAGCGAACGGGGCGAGGGCAGUGGACCUCACCGAAGAUGACGACUAGACAAUCAUGUUCAAGUUUGUCUUGUCUUGAUGUGUGCUUUGAUGAUACUUCUAAAGAUUUUGUAAGGCGUUUUCUUUUCGGUAUACCCACAGCAGUAGCGAUCUCUUCAGCUUACCGCGAGUUAACGUUGCGUGUACGGGCUGGUCUUUUCUGCUUGAAUCAAGGGCGUCUAUGUCAUCGAUGUACAUGAGAGUAAUCAUCAUCAUUAUCAUCAAGUCAGAACCUAAGAACUCUGCCAAUUUAGU